CAAAUCCCACAAUCCUCUGCGCCUGUCACUGACGUCACGGGGAGCCCGGACCCGGCGUACCUCUGUCAGCAGCGGUGUGCGUUUGGCAACAAAAGACUAAUUUUGAAACAGUUAGCGACAUUUUAUCGACGACACUAUUUUUGGGGACUUUAUCACAGGCAGUAGUUGCCAGUGAUGAUACCGCCGCUGUUACUGUCCGUUGGAGGAAGAGGAAGAGGAAGGAGGUGAUGAUGAUGACAUGCAGUUAGCUAGCUGGCUGCCUGGCUGGCUGACGGACGGACUUGAGCCCACUGUGUGUGUGUGGUGUCGCCCCACAACCAGAGCAGGAUCCGGGACGACGAGAGGCGAAGAUGCCGCGGAGAAAACAAUCCAACCCCCAGCCGGUGAAAUUGGAGUCGGAGGACGGGGCGGUGGUGUGUGAGCCGGGCUGCCUGGUCCUGGAGAGCGACUUCCUGCUGAGCGGAGAGCUGGAGUUUGGAGACUCAGAGAUCAUGGGGCUGGAUAGAGAGUCCGGUAUGACGGUGUUCUCUCUCAGCGUUGAGGACGACCCUUCAGCACCAACAGACUCCACCUUCCCAGCUUUCCUCUCCUGUAAAGGAUGUGGUCAACUUCUGGGAGACACGCCUCUGGGGGCAGGUUUAGAUCUAGGUGUGGGCCUCGACCUGGGGGCGGAGCUUUAUUGUCUAACCUGCGAAGAAGGGCUCCAGCAUGAAGCCUCGAUCGACUCCUCUCAGGUGGAGGGCUCAAACCAGGCGGACCGAUCCGUCGGCGGUGGCUCCGACAGGAAGAGGAGAAGUGUAGGUAAGACAGGCGGAGCUGCUGACAUCCCUCCUAAACUGUACUCCUGCUCGCUGUGCGCCUUCACCUCGCGCUACUCCAACCACCUGAAGCGCCACAUGAGGACCCACGACGGCCAGAAGCCGUACCGCUGCCCCGUUUGCCCCUACGCCUCGGCCCAGCUCGUCAACCUGCAGCGCCACGCCCGCACCCACACCGGGGAGAAGCCGUACCGCUGCCACCAGUGCAGCUACGCCUGCAGCUCCCUCGGCAACCUGCGGAGACACCAGCGCAUGCACACGCAGGAGAGACCACAGAGGAGGGAGAAGGAGAAGAGACGAGGGAGACGGAAAAAAGCAAAUGCUGAAACUGAAGAAGUAGUAUCGGACCUGACCCUGCGAGUGUCCCAGGAUUCGGGUUACCUCCAGACCUUGGGGGGCCUCGGCUCUCCCUCCGCCCCGCUCCCUGUCCUCCUCUUCCCCUUGUGCUGCCAGGUGUGUGGCCUCACCCUGGAGGAGGCCGACCUGGAGGGGGACAAGGCUGAGGGGGACGGGGAGGGCGACGGAGGACAGGUGUGUCGUCGUUGCUCGUUGGACCUGCUUUCCAAAGACGGAUCCGGGCCUCCCUGCAGCCCGACCGUGUCUCGGGGAUCCCGGCGGGGUCAACGUGGCACCAAGUUGUACCGCUGCCCUCACUGCCCCUUCCUGUCCCACUACCCCAACCACCUGGCCCGCCACUCCCACACCCACUCUGAGGAGAAACCCCACGCCUGCCCGCACUGCCCCUACACCUCCUCGCACCUCGACAACCUCAAACGCCACCUGCGCGUGCACACGGGCGAGAAGCCCUACCAGUGUCCAUCCUGCAGCUACGCCUGCGGAAACCUCGCCAACCUGCGACGACACGAGCGCAUCCACUCGGGCGCCAAGCCGUUCCACUGCGGCGUCUGCGGCUACUCCUGCAACCAGAGCAUGAACCUGAAGAGGCACAUGCUGCGGCACACGGGCGAGAAGCCGUACGCCUGCGCCGAGUGCGACUACACCACGGGCCACUGGGACAACUACAAACGGCACCAGAGGAAACACGGACAUAACACGGACAGCUGGGACAAACACGCACCCACCAACGGCCUCAGCUGGGGCAAAGGCACUCAGGAGAGCCAGAGUCAGGGACAGGAGCACAGUUAGAGAGUGUGUGUGUGUGUGUGUGUGUGUGUGUGUGUGUGUGUGUGUUGUAUACACUGGUGAACCUCCAGCUCAGGUUGGAGCUAAACUCAGGUGCCUUUGACAGACUGUAGUACUGCACUGACUUUAUCAAGGGGCAUUAGUGUGUGUGUGUGUGUGUGUCACAUCACACACACUUUAGUAAAUGCAGUCUACAUGCUCAUGUUCUGAUCUCUAUUUUCUAACUGUGUGUGUGUGUGUGUCACGAAGCUAAUGUGAUGAAUUCAAAUGUUUUAUUUUUUUCUCUACAGAUAAUCUAUAUUUUGUAAGUGUGGGUGGAAUUGUGGAUUUGUUUCAUAAUAGCAGGCUGGAUCAUCAUCUCACAAGCUUUAAGUGGUUUUGAUUCAGUUUGGGUCAGGUUUUUAAAAUCCAGGAAAGAUUGGACUCAUUCAGUUUUUCGGUGGGGUUUCCUGUGCAGCUUCAGCCUGGUUCCAGACCUCUGAAUCAUCGCGCACACCUGUGCUUGUUUCCCCAGUCUACAAAGCUAACUAGCUACCUAGCUGUGUUCACGAAAGAUUGUGACAGAAAAAUGGCCCCUAAAACUGUUGACAAGAAAGAAAAUAAAAACUCUCAAAUCACCAUAUUUCGUCAGUCAGCAAGGCAAAUGCUAACGGUUCCUAGAAACCGCUACCACAACUUCUGUGGCGACUGAAAAUGAUGUCGAUGAGACAGAAACGUCACUCGCUAUAGAUUAUUCAGGGCAAAACAAAACAACCCCCGUCCCAACAAGAAAUCAAACAAAAGUCAUAACAUUAUGACGUACUUUUUUUAUCUUAAAAUUACAACUUCAUUCUCAUAACGUCGUGGCCUUUUUCACAACUUUAUUUGCAAAAUAAUUGUUUUAAACAGUGGCCCUAAUACUUUGUUGUAUGUAACACUCAAACAUUUCCAGAAUAUUGAAUAUUAGAAAAUGAGUCGUUGCUUUUCUGCAUUGAGCCACGCGUAUCUCUUACUUCAACCAGAAUUACAUGUUCAAACUGCAGCAACAGCUGGUCAAAAUGCCGUUAAAUCAUGAUAUUCGCUGUCUUUAAAGGCUUUUCAGCCUGGAAGUGCACAGGAGCCCUGCUGUCUGAAUGAGGCCAGUUUUCUGUCUGAACCUAACCUCAGGAGGAAUUUCAUGCCUUUUUUUGUCUUUUGUCUUGGCACCAGAAUUUAUUAGAUCUAUAUCUUGGAAUAUCCUGGAAUUCAAAUACCUUUUUAUUCCAGACGCUUUUCAUAAUUUCUCUUAGUAAUUCAGAGGACAUUAUAGCUUGUUUCAGCCUAGAUUUAGUACAAAUCAGCCUGUUUACCUCUCAGACGUUAACAAUUCAGGGAAGAAUAAAAACAUAUUUAGUCAUUAAAGAACUCUGAUUUUAUUAAACCAUGAAAUUUUCCAUCAAACAUUGAACAACCUGGUAUUUAUUUCAGUUUAUUUUAGUAUUUUGUUAGUAAAAUUUGGGCUCACAGAACGAGAUUCGGGUUCAGAUGUUCAGCUCGUGUUCGACAAAACUUUAUUAACAUGUAGGUUUCUGCCAGGGCAUUGAUCCCAAAACACUGUUUCUUCAGGCAUUAUUAAUAAGCUGUCGAAUCGAGUAGCAGUCAAUCAAGUCCAAGCUCAGAAAGCAGCUCCGCCUCAAAUCUAAAUGUCAAAACUGUGAAUUUAUUAGGCUGGGCAAACAUCUGAGGUAGAAAUGCAAUGGAAUAAACAAAGCUGGCUGGAGAAUGCGUGAACGUUUUAAAAGCCACAGCUACUCAACGAACUGGCCUUUUGCUUUUAUAAAUGACGGUUGGUGUUCAACAAGCAGCGGCUCUCUGAAAAAGGGAAGAUUUUCGGCACUUUUGUGAUACGCUUCAGCAAAAAAAAGCCCCCAGAGCUCAAAGUCACAUCAGAGUCAGAGCUAGUGUGUGAAAACCACGCAUCUACAAUUUGUUGUACAUUUUUAAUGAAGGCUGUUUCAAAAAAUAGUUGAACAUUUUUGGAAAUAUGCUUAUUUGCUUUCUUUCCCAAAAUUUGAUGAGAAGUUCUUAAAGUCAGGACGUGAUUAGCCUAGCUUAGCGUAAAGACUGGAAGCAGGGGGAAACGGCUAGCCUGACUACCAACACCUCUAAAGCUCACUAAUGAACACUUUUUGUAUUUUGUUUGUUCGACCUGCACACAAACAGAAAUAAAAACGUGUGAAGAUCUUGUCGUCACAGUGCUGUUGCCAGGUUUGUUGUUCACGGUGCCUUCAUAUCUCUAAUAAAAAAAAGUCUGAUUGAA